GACCCAGAAAGCAAAAAAACAAAAAACAAAAAAACCCUUCCAAAUAAAACCUGUCUCUACUUUAAAACAAAACAAGACAGAAGGUGAUAGUACAACUAGUAAAUUUAAGUGUGGGAAUUCAGGUGAGACCAGAGAUGACAUUAACCCAUCAGCUUCCUAGGGGGGAGAUACUGAAGGAACUUGAAUACCCAGUAAGAGAGUAUAAGGGAGGGCUACAGAGGCGAGGUUCUAGGACUAGACCUUGAUUAGACCUCGAGAAACCUAAGCGGGGCAGGAGCUUCUGGCGAUUAGAGUUGUCCUGGGACUAGGCAGAAAGCGCACAGGGCUGGUGCGCCCGCGGGACCUCUGGGGUCUAUCCCGGUGCCCCUAGUACCGCCGGAGCUCUAAGCCGCGUAGGCGUGGCCCCCAAACGCCCAAACAAAAAGCUGAGAUCCGCUGGGGCGCAAGCAGCACCCAAGGAGACCCAGGACUGGGGUGCCAUCUCCCGGGAAGCGGAGCCAGCCGCCCCCGCGACCCCCGGUGUCGUCGCGGGUCCCGCGUCGUCCGGGCCUCGGGCGCGGCCGCCCCGGAAGUGACGCGCUGCCCCGCUGGCCGUGCGGAAGUGGAGAUGGCGGAGCUGUACGUGAAGCCGGGCAACAAGGAGCGCGGCUGGAACGACCCGCCGCAGUUCUCGUACGGGCUGCAGACCCAGGCGGGCGGACCCAAGCGCACCCCGCUCACCAAGAGGGUCGCCGCCCCGCAGGAUGGACCCCCCAGAGUCCCUACCUCAGAGACUUCUGGGGCACCCCCCAUGGGGCCUCCACCUCUUUCAAGUAAGACUUCCAUGCCUCCACCUGUGGGUGGCUGUCCUGCCUCCAGUCUAGAACCUACAAAUUCCCCAGUCAUUGAACACGAGACUCUACUGGAAGAUGUGCUGACUCCUUUGGAACAGGCAUUGGAGACUUGCCGUGGCCAGACAAAGAAGCAGGUAUGUGAUGACAUCAGUCGACGCCUGGCUCUGCUGCAGGAACAGUGGGCUGCAGGGAAGCUAUCAACACCUGUAAAGAAGAGGAUGUCUCUGCUGGUGCAAGAACUUUCAAGUCACCGGUGGGAUGCUGCAGAUGACAUCCACCGCUCACUCAUGGUGGACUAUGUGACUGAGGUCAGUCAGUGGAUGGUAGGAGUUAAAAGAUUAAUUGCAGAAAAGAAGAGUCUGUCUUCAGAGGAGACCAAUGAAGAGAAGCCUCUGACCACAGCUGAGGAAAACCAGACCGUACCAGGUGUCCAGCAGGCUCUAUAAACCCGGGGUUUCCCCGACAAACAUCACACCAUCCUCCUCUGCCUUGGCACGAGAAACUGUCUCUCACUUGACCGUUUUCUCCAUCUGGGUGACCAUAUGACCUACCUGGGCUCUGGCCUGACCUAUCUUUGGGGGAAGAGGUCCCACCUGGGCUACAGAGAGGUCAUAUUCUCAAAACAUACAUUUCAAUAAAAUAUCUCAAUGGCAGGC